CUCACAAAAAAAAAUAACAUGACUUCCUGUGAUUCAGGGGACCGGAGCUCCGAUAUCCGGGAACCCCUCAUCAUCCCUGCCCCAAAGAAAUCCGCGGGGGAGAAUCAAAAGGAGAAGCUAUGCAUCGACGACAUGCUCCAAAAGUAUUGCGGCGAGUUCGGGCCGUGGCAGCGCUGGCACUUCGUGCUGACCAGCUUGGCUUGGGCUCUCGAGGCGUUUCACACCAUGGUCAUGAUCUUCGCCGACCGUGAACCGAGCUGGAGGUGUCUGGAUGGUCAUUCGGGCUGCGACUCGAACGCGCCGAGCGUCUGUGGUUUCGCUCCGGGGUCGUGGGAGUGGCUCGGCGGCCCGGUAAGCUCGACGGUUGCGGAAUGGGGUCUUGUUUGUGAAGAGAAGUAUAAGGUUGGGUUGGCGCAGGCCUUGUUCUUCGGCGGCUGUAUGAUUGGUGCUGGAGUUUUUGGGCAUCUUGCAGACUCAUUCCUUGGAAGAAAAGGUUCCUUAACUGCAGUCUGCUUAUUGAAUACCAUCUUUGGUUGCUUAACGGCAUUCUCCCCUAACUAUUGGAGCUACGUCCUCCUCCGUCUCCUCACUGGCUUCAGCACCGGCGGCGUCGGCCUCUGCGCUUUUGUCCUCGCGACUGAACCUGUUGGUCCCACAAAGCGCGGGACUGCAGGAAUGUCCACGUUCUACUUCUUCUCAACCGGCAUCGCACUACUUGCAGGCAUAGCUUACAUCUACCCAUCAUGGCGAGAACUCUACAUUGCCUCCUCGAUCCCCUCCUUCCUUUUCCUCGUCGCAGUCCUUCCCUUCCUCUCGGAGUCUCCAAGGUGGUACCUUGUACGAGGCAAAGUAAACGAGGCCACGAAACUCAUGAGUGCCAUUGCCAAGUCGAAUGGAAAUCACCUCCCCAGUGGAGUUGUUCUAACCCUAGAUGAAGAAGUAAACGAUACAGAUGAUCACAGUGAGACAUACUUGAGCUCCAAUGACAAAGAAGCCAUAAGUGGUUCCGUCAUUGAUGUGAUCAAGUCGCCGAUGACUAGAACUCGGCUGAUUCUAGCGGUUGUCAUAAACUUCUUGUGUUCAAUUGUGUACUACGGCUUGAGCUUGAACGUUGUCAACCUCGACACCAACCUCUACCUCAACGUGCUGCUCAAUGCGGUUGCAGAAAUGCCAGCAUAUGCUAUCACGGCAAUAUUACUCGAUAAGUACGGAAGGAAGCCACUGGCCAUUGGGACACUCUGGUUUAGUGGGGUUUUCUGCUUUGUUGGGAGCUUGAUGAAGAGCGUUGGGAUCUGGAAGGUUGUGAGAACGGUGUGUGGGAUUUUGGGGAUAUUUGGAAUGGCGGGGACUUACAAUCUGUUGUUUAUUUACACAACUGAGUUGUUUCCUACCGUGGUUAGGAAUGCGGCUCUUGGUUGUGCAACACAGGCGGCGCAAAUGGGAGCUAUUCUUGCGCCGAUCGUGGUGGUUUUGGGUGGCGGUUUACCAUUUGCAGUGUUUGCGGCAUGUGGGAUUGCCGGGGGAGUGUUUGCAUUUUAUCUGCCGGAGACGUUGAAUAAGCCAUUGUAUGAUACGAUGGCCGGGAUGGAGGACAGGGCUUGUACUAGAACUGAUACUGAUUGUACAAGUAAAGUGUGAACAGCAUGUUCAAUUUCUAAAUAGAACAAUAAUACUCUUCAGAUUCAUCGAAAUAAAUUUAUUUUCUGUU